AUGGCUAAAGCACGUGUUAAGAAGCGCACUCACCUCCGGCCGCAAAAUGCCUCCGCCGGGGCGAACAAGGCUAACUCCAUGAACAAGACCCCCAAGUCUAUGGUCAUUCGAGUAGGCGGUUCGCAGGUCGGUACCAGUGUUAGCCAAUUGGUCAAGGAUGUUCGACGGAUGAUGGAGCCCGAUACAGCAGUGCGAUUGAAGGAACGCAAAUCCAACCGACUGCGCGAUUACACCGUGAUGGCCGGACCCCUCGGUGUCACACAUUUAAUGCUUUUCUCUAAGUCCGCUACCGGUAACACCAACAUGCGUCUUGCAGUUACACCUCGUGGCCCAACUAUGCAUUUCCAGGUCGAGAAAUAUUCGCUUUGCCGGGAUGUGGAGCGGGCAUUGAAGCGCCCCCAGAGCGGAGGUCAGGACCACAAGACACCACCGCUGCUGGUGAUGAACAAUUUCACCACUCCAGAUGCGACUGAGGACUCCAAGGUGCCGAAGCGCCUCGAGACUCUUACCACCACAAUCUUCCAAUCCCUAUUCCCUCCUAUCAACCCGCAAGCAACCCCCCUUCACUCCAUCCGCCGUGUCAUGUUGUUGAACCGAGAGCCCGACGCUGAGAACGAUGGCUCGUAUGUCUUGAGUCUACGACACUACGCUAUCGCCACUAAGAAGACCGGUGUGUCAAAACGCAUCCGUCGCUUGGAUCCCAAGGAAAUCCGAAACAGAGAAAAGAAGAAGGCUGCUGUUCCGAAUCUCGGAAAAUUGGAAGAUGCUGCCGAUUACCUACUCGACCCCUCCGCUGCGGGCUACACAUCUGCCAGUGAAACCGAGCUGGACACGGACGCCGAAGUAGAGAUCCAGGAGAGCGCAACCAGGAGAGUUCUCAACAAGCGUGAGGCGCAACGUCAAAAGGCUGCGGAGAAGGGCGACAAGAAAGCUGCCCUUGCACCCGGUGUGGAGAAGCGGGCCGUUAAGCUGAUCGAAUUGGGACCCCGCCUCAGGCUUCGAUUGAUGAAGGUCGAGGAUGGUGUCUGUGACGGCCGUGUUAUGUGGCACGACUAUGUGACCAAGACCGAGAAGGAGAAGAGGGCUCUGGAUCAGAACUGGGCUGUUCGCCGGAAGGAGAAGGAGGCGAGAAAGAAGCUCCAGAGAGAUAACAUUGAGAAGAAGAAGGCAGAGAAGGCUAAGGCGAGAGCCCGGGGCGAGAAGGUGGAGGACGACGAUGAGGAUGAGGAGAUGGAUGAUGAGGCCGAUUGGCUCAGCGAUGACUUUGGUGCAGAAGACGAUGAUGAUGAGGAUUCCGAGCCUGAAGCUGACGCUGGGGCUGACUCUGAUGAGUCUAUGGAGGAGUAA